UAUAAAAGGCCCACAAGUCUUCUCCAAACUCACCCAGCUACACUCCUCUUCUCCAGACCCUUAAAGCUGUUUCCUGAUUGAGCUUGCUGACAAGACAAAAUAAGAAACAAUGGAUGUCUAUGAGCAGCUGUGGACCAAGAACAAGGACCUUGCUGAGAAGACCCUCAACUUGCCCUUCUUCCAGCACAUGCAGAGGGGCGACCUCCAGGCUGAUGACUAUGCCAUCUUCAUGCUGCAGGACAUCACAGUUCUGUCAUGUUUGGCAGACAUACUGACGACGAUCAGCGACAUGGUGACAAAGCCUGAUAUGAAAGCCUUCUUUAAGGAGAGAUCCAUGAGCUAUCAGAAGUAUGUUGAUGAGUUCCUGAAUAAAUUCAACUUGACGGGUGUGCAGAGCCUCAGGACCAUAGAGCCCACACAGCAGUACCAGUCAUACAUGAAUGCUGGCAAGGAUGGUAAGAAAUCUGUCAGACGCAGCAACAAUGAAGAGGAUAUUUUGGUCUUCUUUGCCGUACUGAUGCUGGCACGUGAGCGGCUGUGGUUGUGGCUAGCCAAUCAGAUGAAGGAGGGCUACGGAAACGCCUACUUCACCUGGAAGAAGAAGAACAUGACGCAGUGGAACCCUGAGAAGCACUACAAGAAGAUCAUCAACGACAACGUGACCGACCUGCGUGACAUCGAAUUCUACAACAGUGUGUUCCGCCUGGUAAUCCAGUAUGAGCUCGCUAUCUGUGCUUUCUUAGUGCCUGCUUAGUGAAAGCAAAAACCUUCCUCACUUUAGGAGCGGGGAAAUAUCACUGUUAUGUAAUCGUCACUCAUAACGCCUCAUUCUCAUUCUCAGUCUCGUUCUAUGUAACUAAGCACUUGUUAUGGGUAAUGCGUGUGCUUUGUCUAAAUCAAUUUGACACUUCUGU